AUGGGCGCACGGCAGCAAGCACCCACCUACGCCUGUGUGGGCGGCUCCGACCAGGCUACUACACUUCCCUACGAAGAUAAUCUUAACUUAAGGAACAUCGUCAACAUCCUUUAUCACCACCACCAUCAUCACAACAACCACCACCACAACAACCAUUCAGCACCACAACAACAAUCGAUCACAACUACAAGAGUUCACCACAACCACAACCGUUCACCAUCACAACAACCGUUCACCAAAACCACAACCAUAACCGUUCACUACAACCGCAAGCGUUCACUACAACCACAACCGUUCACUACAAUCACAACCGUCCACCAAAACCACAACCGCUCACCACCACAACAACCCCAGUGGACAAGACGACCCAUUCAGCUCAAGCAACAACCAAACGGACAAGGUCGCACGAAUGAAACCAGGGCACCCGACGGCACACUUCCUCUCGAGCUUCAGCCUCCUGCACCCUUCUCCUCUGCCAUCUUGUGUUUUCCUUCCAUUAUCACAAUACCUAUCUCGCGCCCUUCCGACGCCUCAGGCUAUAAACCAUCACAUUCUGAUAACACAUUAACACGCACUGUGCCCCGUCUCUGGGUACAAGCUUCUCCACUCAGGAAGGACGUCUGGCAGGCUAACUCAGCAACAACGCACAAAGGAAGGUUGAUAUUCAGUUACACAUGCACUCACGUACCCGCAUGUACACAAACUCCCAAGGACGAGUACAGGACGAGCAUGUCAGGUUCCUUAGUCCAGGGACCAGAGGGACGAUUUGGACUAGGGGUUGCAAAUCAACAAGAGAAUAGUUCCAAAACUGAAGACGAGCUGGGCGAGAAGGAAAAUGCUGAUGCACAAUAUAAAGCACAGACUGAAGUUCACCGAAGGACACGCACCCAAAACCCUUCUCCUCCUUAUCCCAGCAUCUUCAAGGCAUUCUACCUGACCGUUAAGAUGGACUCCCCCCCCGCUCCCCCCAUGCACCGCCUCCACUCCACUCCACUCCAUCAGGUCCUGGCUCCUCCUGUCGCGCGGCAUCGCCUCCUGAUAAAUGGAGAGUUAAGAUCGCAGAGCAUCUCAAUUGAAAGCCAAGAAGCCCUCGUGGUCAUGAUGAUGCAAUAG